GCUGACCGGCAACUUCAACUCGAUCAGCUUCGGCAAAGACGUGUUGGGCAUCGACGUUUCGCACAAUUUGUUUUCAGGCACAUUCCCGCGAAUUGUGUGCCAUCGGAGCAACCUAGCAACUAAUUUUUCGGAUAAUCGACUGACAGGAGCCGUUCCAGCAGAUUGUUUCAAGUCCAGAAGUUAUUUUCCAAAUGGCCUCUUCCUAAGCCACAACAAAUUCUCGGGCAGCUUGCAGCCGUUUGCGAACCUGCCCACGGACAUCACUGCUCUGGACCUCGGAUUCAACAAGUUCACAGGGAGCAUUCCCCCACGCCUCACCGUUUUACCCCGACUUAAAUACUUGGACCUCGGGGCAAACGCUCUGACAG